AUCAUAACCUGCUACGUAUGUUCUCCUAAGUGAAUGAACGUAGCAGUUUAGGAAAAUUGGGUUAGGGAAAGGGUUAGCUAAAAUUCUAUCAUAACCUGCUACAAAAAGUAACUUCCGUCCGUAGCUGCAUUCUAUCUAGUAACAACUGCAAACUCUGCUUUCGUUGCUGUACCAUGGUGAAACGAGCACACUGAGUAACGUGUACAUUUUUGUUUCCCAAUCACACGAAUGAGGAGGGGACUAAUUCGGAUGACACAUGAAAAUGUAACAACAAAUGGGGGAAAAAAAACCUUCUGGACCAUGCUAGCAAAUAUACUGUUCUGUGACGCUAAUACGUGCUAAUAUUAGCAAGCAUGGUGAGACCAAAGAGAACCUGUCGUGUCGGUGUAUGUCGUGCUUGUGGGGAAAACAUUUCCAAUAGAAUAUACGUGCACAAUCUAUUCAGUCAGUUCGAAGGUCAAUGUUUGAAACCAUUUGACUACACCACAGCAUUGGAGGACCUCACUGGACCAAUUUCUCAGGACGAUGCCUUACCACAGAUCAUUUGCGAAACGUGUCGUAAACUUCUCAAACGGUACUACAAAAGCUUUUGCGAUGUGGAGAAAAUUGGCAGUAUAUUUCGAGAAAGUGCUCAGAAGCAGAGGGAAAGUCACUCUCUUGCAUGGCGAACUCGGGACGCCCAACAAGGUGAGAUUAGUAUCACCCCCUUUCCCCACGAGAGAAUGACAGACGCGUGUAAGGUUACCCCGCGAGAUUUGACCGUAACGUUAGUAGUUGUGCCAAAGAGCGAGUACACAGGCGAAGAAGCCACGCCACAUCCCAACAACGAUAACAUCAAACCUGAGCCUGCAGAAAUCUCAGUAUACCUGGAAGAAGAUAUGGAGCAGGAUCCACAGUCUGGCGAUGAUGCUGCUUCUUCGAAGUUAAGCCAGGUGAGUGUGCCAACUAAAUACAUCCUUACUGGACCCAUGGAAAAACUUGUGGAUAACAUGUUGAAUGGACAAUUCUUCAGCGCAGCAAAGGCAAUAAUGGAAAUUCCUGAUUUGGCUCCCCUUGUUACUAAAGAGGUUUUGAACCAAGUUGUCAAAGAAUGCAAAGAGCUCACUAGUGUUCCAUUCAACUCCAUACUUAGACAGACCAGUCCAUCUUCUCUGGAAGCCUUCAGAUGGGACACUGUUUUUACUGAAUGGAAGACAACCGCACCCACGUUCCUUAGGUUUCUGGAGUCCGCGAGCACAUCUACAUGGGUUUCUGCCCUGACCAAAGAACGUACACAGAGAAAGAACUUCGCCAUAGGCAUGGCUGGAGCCACUCUUCUCAAGGUACGUUGCGGCAGGAUGAGUGCACCCAUGUAUCGGAACUCGCUUAUCAUGCACCAGGCUCAGAAGAAAAAGUGCUUCAAUAGGUUUGCCAGACUUGGUGUCUGUGUUACAAAGCAAAGCAUGCUUCAUCUGUUGAGAAGAGUGAGGGCAUCUGAAGGAGUAACCAGGACUCCCUCUGCAGGUGAAGACCACAACUACGACUCAGUAGCGCCAAGAAGAUCCACAGAAAAUACUGACAGACAGCAGGAGGACACAGAGCCCACAGCGACUGAGAAGCAGGAGGACCCAGAGCCCACAGCGACUGAGAAGCAGCAGGAACCAAGGACCAGUCUGGGGGAAGAGCAGCUUCCAGACUCUGGAACGACAGAGUCCACAACAGUCACAUGCACUCCUCUCUUUCGGAGCAAAAACCAUGGUCAGGGCCCAUCCAAAUGCCAGGCCAAGCCCAAACCUCUGCCCAAACCCCAGCCUCAGCCCCAACAUCAGGCCCAGCCUCAGCCCCAACAUCAGGCCCAGCCUCAGCCCCAACAUCAGGCCCAGCCUCAGCCCCAACAUCAAGCCCAGCCUCAGCCCCAACAUCAGGCCCAGCCUCAGCCCCAACAUCAGGCCCAGCCUCAGCCCCAACAUCAGGCCCAGCCUCAUCCCCAACAUCAAGCCCAGCCCCAGCCUCAGGCCCAACCUCAGGGCCAGCCCCAGCCUCAGGCCCAACAUCAGGCCCAGCCUCAGGCCCAACAUCAGGCCCAGCCCAAGCCUCAGCCCUUCCCCACAACCUUUCUCCUGGCCCAACCCUUCCAAACAGCACAGAACCAAACUGUUGUGUUGUCUAAACAGAAUGCCCCCCUGAUGAUAUUUACACUUCCCUAUGUGCAAAGCCCUGCAGCUCAAAGUGAGGAAGUCAAAGGUGUGGAAAGCACUACGUUGCACAACUACAACGUUCCUUGUUCUUGCCAGGUUUGUGGGCAAUCAUUUGACUUCACGCGUCAUUUGAUAAGACAUGUUCAGAUGCACUUAGCGGAGCAAAACCGUUUGUGUGGUUUGUGUGGGAAGGUCCUUGGGGCUGCAGAGAACAUGGCGGUUCACCUGCAAACUCACAGUCUAAUGAAAACUUUUUGUCAUAUUUGUGGCAAAUGUUUCCCUAAGAAUUCUGAGCUGAGAUAUCAUAUAAGUAUUUAUCACUAUGUGGAGAAGCCACAUCUGUGCGAAGUGUGUGGCAAAACCUUCAGACAUGGCAAGGCCCUUAAAGAGCAUCAUACGUCCUUUCACAUAGAAGGACGAGAUAAGCCAUAUAAAUGCCAUUUGUGCAGAAAAGGCUUCUCAGGAGAAAGACAAGUUAAACUCCACCAGUUAACUCACACUGGAGAGAAACCGUUUCAGUGUGAAGAUUGUGGCAUGUGCUUCAGGGAGAAGAAUACUCUUAAAGGGCACAUGAGGACUCACACAGGAGAGAAACCGUAUAAGUGCAGAGAGUGUGGAAAAUGCUUUAGAUUGUUAGGUGCUUUAAAAUGUCACCUACUAACUCACACUGGAGAGAAACCGUAUCGCUGCAACGUCUGUGGCAGAUGCUUCAGUCAGUCCUCAUCCCGCAAGACUCACAUGAAAACUCACAAAAUGGCUCACGCACCACAGAGUCCAGAGAGUGCAGAAAAGGCUUUGUCGGAGUAGGAUCUCUAAAAUGCUGGUCCAAUGGAGAGACACCAUACAACACACAUGAACAUUUACUAAAGGGAGAACCCACAACAUGCCUUAGAAGUUGUAAAAGUGGCCUGUUCUGACAUGUUUUAGAAGACAAAGACAUGCCUCUAAAGUCACUUCUCUUGUUUAAAUACGUUGUGAAUUAGCAGUUUGAAACAUCGCUAAUGAACUUGUACUGUGGAAUGUUGGAGAGUCAGUCUAUGUCAUUUUCACAAAGAGGAAUCGACAGCAUGUGGUCAACUUGUCUGUCCCAAAUUGUUAUGAGACUGCCGACUGGUCCCUAAAAUAUGUUAGUCUCACAGUUACAGAUGGAUUCAUUUCUUUAUGUUUUGGUUAAAAAGUAUUGUAGUUGCCAGAGGAUAACACAAUAAAAUAUUUUGUACUGUUUUUCAACCACAGAAAGGACACACUUCUCAUAAUAAUGAGAAUGCAUAUUCACUAAAUAGGUUUAGCUCCUCUUCCAUGUAGUCUUACUGUUGGUUAAACCUUAAGAUGUAUGAGAACUGAAUGUUUUUUUUCUAAAGGCAUUUUAUUGAGAUCAUAUAGGGCGCAUACUAAACUCAGCAAAAAAAAGAAAUGUCCUCUCACGGUUAACUGCGUUUAUUUUCAGCAAACUUAACUUGUAAAUAUUUGAUUGAACAUAAGAUUCAACAACUGAGACAUAAACUGAACAUGUUCCACAGACAUGUGACUAACAGGAAUGGAAUCAUGUGUACCUGAACAAAGAGAGGGGGG